AUGCAGAACCAAGCCCCUGCGACACCCAUCCAUGCGGCCGCUGCUCCCGCUCACCCCCUCAUAUCUCCUGACCACACUCCUGUCCAUGAUCUCGCCGAUAUCGGCCUUGGUGGUGCCGUUGCGGCCGUUACCCCUCCUCCUGCUGGUCGCCGAUAUCCCUAA